UAUACAAUUUUUUUCGGUGUGCUUCGCGAGUGUUUGAAAAUUUUAUUAUUCGCUUACCCAUUUCGCACUUCCGGUCGAACAUAACUUUAAAGCAGAAACAUGCAGGGACUUCAACUGUGCAGCGCCCUAAUCCUGGCGGCCUGCUUUACCAGCGGCCAUGCCCUGGCCGUGGGCUCUCCGGAAUGCCCGGAAAAGUACGGCGUACAGGCAUAUGCCCACACGGAGAACUGUGAUCAGUUCUUCCUCUGCACCAAUGGCACUCUGACCCUGGAGACCUGCGAGAAUGGACUGCUCUUCGACGGCAAGGGUGCGGUGCAUAAUCACUGCAACUACAACUGGGCGGUGGACUGCAAGGGUCGCCAGUGGGAUCCCACUCCCAUCUCAACACCCGGCUGCGAGUACCAGUUCGGUUUGUAUGCGGUAUCCAAGGACUGUUCCACGACGUACAUCAAGUGCGCCCAUGGAGAGCCCCAUGAGCAGGACUGUGAUGCUGGUUUGGCCUACGACGAGCGCAUCCAUGGCUGCAACUGGCCGGAUCAGCUGCUGGACCACUGCAAUCCCGAAGCUGUUGUUGGCUUCAAGUGCCCCACCAAGGUGGAUCCCAACUCGGUGGCCGCUCGCUUCUGGCCCUUCCCCCGCUUCCCCGUCUCCGGUGACUGCCACCGCCUGAUCACUUGCGUCGAGGGACAUCCCCGUUUGAUUAGCUGCGGUGAGGACAAGGUCUUUGAUGAGCAUACGCUCACUUGCGAGGAGCCCGAAUAUGCCAGCGGUAGCUGUGCCAACUAUGGCAAAUAGGCAAUAUAUUGCGGAGAUCGCUCUGUAUAUACGUACAUACUAUACAUAUGUGUAAAGCUCAAAAAAUCAAGCUCCACUGCCCCACUAUUGAUGUUUCCUCUGUUUUUUGACACACGCCUGCACUGUCCCGAUUUCCUAGCCCAAGAUAAAGCCACAUUGAAAAAUGUUGCGCAAUCAGUUUCGCUUGUUAACCGACGUCGCCGUCGUCUCUUUCUCCUCACAUGUUUCUUUUUCUGUAAUAUUAACUCUUUUUUUUGUUAUUUGGUCUCUUCCUUUGUAUAUGAAUCGCAAUAAAGUUAAUUUUAUUUAUUGUA